AUGGAUGUUCGUAUUUCGACAUCUUGUUUUGGCUACUGGAUUUUUGUCUUUAAUCUCUGGCGUGGGUAUUGGCAGGAAUUGAUUGAAACUUUAGCAUGGGUUGAUGAACGCACACCUUUGGCCAAUUUUAUUGACUUUGCGGAGACCUUUGAGUUGAGCAUGUCUAGAAGCACACGAGAACGUUCUUUUGUUGAUAUUAUUACGAGUAUUCGAUAUUGGGUCAUUCAUGGUGUUACUAUACCUUCUCUAUUCAUUGUGAGUUCGUUAUUCAUCAUACCGUUUUUGCUUAUGAUCCAAAGAGAAAGAAAGACUGUGGAACCAAAAAAAGGGACA